AUGGCCUCCGUCGCCCGGGAGGGCGCGGGCUCGGGGCGCAGGCGCCCGCCGCCGCGCCGGGCAUUGCCCGGCCUGUUGCUGCUGUGCUUGUGGCUGCCCGGUGGCCGCGCGGCCGGUUCGCCCUCCGCGCCGCUGUCCGAGCUGCAUGCGCAGCUCUCGGGUGUGGAGCAGCUGCUGGAGGAGUUCCACCGACAGCUGCAGCAGGAAAGGCCGCAGGAGGAGCUGGAGCUCGAGCUGCGCGCGGGCGGCGACCGCCAGGAAGGCUGCCCGGGCCCUGGGGGCGGCGGCUACAGGGCCAGGCCCGACGCCAUCAUCCGCACCAAGGACUCGAUCGCGGCCGGCGCCAGCUUCCUGAGCGCGCCGGCGGCCGUGCGGGACUGGCGGCAGUGCCUGCAGGCUUGCUGCCUCGAGCCGCGCUGCUCCGUGGCCGUGGUGGAGCUGCCCCGGCGGCCCGCGCCCCCGGCCGCCGCGCUCGGCUGCUAUCUCUUCAACUGCACCUGGCGCGGCCGCAGCGUCUGCAAGUUCGCGCUGCACCGAGGUUACAGCAGCUACAGCCUCAGCCGCGCCCCAGAGGGCGAGCAGGAAGGCCUGGAAGCCGGCGCCCCGGCCCUCGCCCGGGCCUCGCCUCGCCUGGAAAAGGACGAACCUCCACUCAGCAAGGCAGGGCAGGAUGUGGUUUUGCAUCUACCCACAGAUGGCGUGAUUCUGGAUGGCCGAGAAAGCACAGAUGACCACGCCAUCGUCCAGUAUGAGUGGACACUGCUGCAAGGUGACCCGACAGUGGACAUGAAGGUGCCUCAGUCCGGAACCCUGAAGCUGUCCCACCUGCGGGAAGGAACAUACACCCUUCAGUUGACAGUGGUGGACACUGCUGGGCAGAGGAGCUCCGACAACGUCUCAGUGACCGUGCUUCCCGUGGCCUUCUCCACAGGAGGAUGCUCCAGUGUCUGCUCACGCUACCACUUCUUUUGUGACGAUGGCUGUUGCAUUGACAUCACUCUGGCUUGUGAUGGAGUGGAGCAGUGUCCUGACGGGUCUGAUGAAGCUUUCUGUCAAAAUCUGAGCGCUGGCCGAGAGAUGGAGACCCACACGACCCCGGCACAGCCUAGAACCCCGGGGCCAGGCGCAGAGGCAGGCCGGAGCGAGCUGCCUGAAAAGUCUGAGAAAGCUGCCACCUCAAAACAGCCACCUGAACUAUCAACCACAGAAAAGAAGAAUCAUUCCAACUUUCGGGGACCAGAAAGUCGCAUUGAUCUUGAAAUGCCAGAUGGUGAUUCCUCAGGGAAGAAUAGAAAAGAGGAAAAUUAUAUUUUUGAGUCAAAGAGCAAUCGAGCAGGAGGGGAACACCCAGCCCCAGAAGCAGGUGCAGUGCUUCCUCUGGCCCUGGGUUUGGCUAUCACCGCUUUGCUGCUUCUCAUGGUUGCCUGUCGAUUACGACUGGUGAAACAGAAACUUAAACAAGCUCGUCCCAUCACAUCUGAGGAAUCUGACUACCUCAUAAAUGGGAUGUACCUAUAAGAGUGGAAUCUAAAUAGCUGAGCCCAAGGACAUGUUUCACUUAAAAUUUAUACAUAGUUUGGGUCCUGAUAUUUAUUACCUCUUCUGUUUUUAACUAAGCUAAGAAAACUACUGAAAACCCUGGAAGAUUCUGCAAAUAUUCAACCUUUGUUUUUACGUAUUGAUUUUCCAUUGGAAGUAUGUGACACAUUUUGAAAUUUAGGAGUCCACAUGAUUACAGACUUUUACAAAUCUAAUUCUGAUAUAUGUAAGCUAUCUCUAAAAAUAGGAAUUUUUAGUUAGCCAAGGCAGAAAAUUCAGUGUCUCUAGAGGUGCCUGACAAUGGCGGUGUUAACACUUUACUUCACAGAAGCCAGCCGUUGGCACUUCAUAGCACCCCGAGUCCCUUGUCCUGUGGCCUUCUCCUUCCUCAUUUUCAGCUUCCAGUCCUCUCCUUUCCCUUCUCCUCUUCAAAACCUGUUUCUGGGGAUGGAUCUCAAGGGAGCACACACCUUCAAUAUGUUAUCCGUGGCAGGAAUAUCUAAGCUAUAAGCCUAAUGAUCAGGUCAGUGAGGCCUGCAGGAAGGUAAAUAUCAGUUCUUUCCAAUGGCUGACUGACAUCAUGUCAUGUGGCUGCUUCAUUCUUCCAAAGGAGAGUAACUCAGACUUUGGAUUACAAGUAGCUCUAACAGAGUCAUCAAGUGAGAUAGAAAAUUAAAGCAGAAGCAGAGAACCUGGCAGGUCAAAAACUUAACAGACACCUAGCUGAGGGAAAAAUGAGCAAGGAGGAUGUUGAGUUCUUUCUUGGAUCUCUGCUCAACACUGUUCAAUGGUCCAGAAUAUAGCAGCUCACUUAUAUAGUCACUGGUUUUCAACAUUAGCGUUGAAAAAAGAAAAAAAACCACAUUCAAAUGGAAAAACAACACUGAAUGGAUCUCUGGGUACAGCUUUUGCAAAAAUAAGAGUCAGUGAUUCAUGAAUAAUCAACUUAAGAAUUGGUGAUUCUUCCAUUCAAUGGAGUGAUGCAGUUUUUUCCCAUUAUUUAUUUAAUGCUCUAAAAUGUUACAGUAUGCAAACAGCUAAUGCCAGGCUUAUAUAUUCCCAGAGCAUAAGGGAAUUUUGCACAAAUUCAUCUUUAUAGAAAACCAGCAUCUAGCUUAGCAUCUUUUACCUUUUAAUCUGUAGGAUUUUAAAGGCAUAUUAUUUCCACCAUUGCUUAAUGCUGGGACAAUACACAUUCUAGAAAUUACUCUACUGAGGCGAAUGUAUAAUGUCUUCUAUUUAUAUAAUAGUUUUUUUUUUCUUACCAUAAGUGGUAAAUCUUUUAAGAUACUUGAAAACCCUCUAGAAAACUAUGUUUAGACUGAACCUGAUGUAGGUUGUUCCUUUAGUAAAGGACUUAAUUUGGGUUGGAGAUACACAUUAAGAAAUGGGUAGUUAGUGGUAGGAAAACAAAGAAAUUGGUUAUUUUUUAUUUCCUGAGAAACUCGAGCAUUUUGUUGAAUUUUAGAAUUGAGCAAAGAUUUAAAUUUCUCGUUAAGGAGUUUAGAGAAAUGACUGUAUGAAUGAACUUAAGAUGUUUGUAUUCUUUAUGUGAUGCUGUGCAAUUUGUUUUUAUAUAGAAGGAUGUCACCUAUAGCCAUAUCCAAUAAAAUAAAAACUGUUGAGGCAUGCACCUUUCAGCACAUCUUUUAUACAUGAAGAAAUUAAAACACAAUUUAGUAUUGCUAUGGUGUUGAAAUUCUUGAUAAAAAGAUGUCCCAUGUCUAUGUGUACAAUAUUCUUUAAUAAAUUGUAUUUUAUUCUUAA